AAGAACUUCAAGCCCUUCUUCGAUGAAAGCUCAUUCGCUCGCUCACGCCCAACAUCAUCCAACCCUUUCUUCUUCUCAUCCCAACGCAAGUUUGCAGCUUCAGCCUCAGUAUCCCAAGACGAAGGUGAAACAGUUGCCUUUCCUAAUUCCUAGGUGAUAAUGUCUCAAUGCUUCAACGUCUCAAUGUCUCAACGUCUCAAUGCCUCAAUGUCUCAAUGUCUCAGUGCCUCAGCUCACAAUAUUUCUAUCAUUUGUCACAGACUCACAGACAGUCCACUUUUGGUAUUGCCUACUACCAUCUUCUUUUUUGCAGGGAGGGUUAUUGAUUAUUCUUAUGGCCUUAACUUGGCUUUGGCUGGAAAAGGUGUAAUUGUCAAGGACCAAGCUUUUCUAAAUUUGAACUCCUCUCAACUACAACACAAGGGUGCAACAAUUGCAGAAUCAUUGUCAGGGCUUCCGCUUCUUGUUAGAGGACAUGUCCCUGGAGGAGGACCUUCUGAAAUUUCCAAGCCACACUUCACUAAACUUUUAAAACAGGUCACAAAUCAUAUAUCAUCCAUCUCAAACAUUUUUGUUCAUGACGGGGCUAUUGGUUCAUCACCAAAAUGUGAUGUGAAAGUUCGUUUAAUAAGUGAUAAUCCGUCUGCGAUGCUGUCACUAUCCCAUAUGCUCUGGGAGACUCCCACCCGUGCAGUUUCUCAGGAUUCAUGUCCUUUAACAGUUUAUGUGGCUACUUCUAUAAGUCCAGGCAUUGGGGAAAGUAUUGGCCUUGGAUCCAAAGAAAAUGAUGGAUUCAUAGCUGCUGAUAUUGAACGCUCAUCACUUAUUUUAUGUGGUAAAGCGUUCUCAGAUUCAAAUACAACUAAAGAAGCACUAGCUGCCUUGUCUUGGCCUGUUAUAUUUGCAAGAGGAGGCCUUCCAUUAUCUGCAAGGCUUUUAGUGUCUGGUGAUUCUGUGGUUCUUUUAUUUGCACCCAAAAGGACCUUUAAGAGUUGCAGAGAUCUGUUGGUGCCUUCAGAUGCAGGUGUAAUUCUUUAUUCUAAUGGUCUGGGCUUUUUGUUUCAAACUGGUGGAUCAAAUCUAUUCAAAUUGCCAGCUUCUGUAUUCCUUGCAUCUUCUGACAGUUCUGGUGUUAUCCCUUCUGUUUCAAAGCUCUCCCCUGGCCAGGCAGCUUAUCACUUCUUGGCUGGUUAUCAGAAUGGGAAGUUCAUACCUGCAUACAACAAAGGCACUUGGUCCAUUGACCCGUUGGAACUAGCUAAGGCGUUUAUGUCUAAGUUGAAAGAUGACCAGAUCUCAUCUUACCUGUUCAAUGUCAAUGGAGGAGAAAAUAAUGUAAAUGGCAAGGAUUUUGCUAAGGUGGUGCAAUCAACGUUGUCCGAGAACAUCCCACCAUUUCAAGCUAAAAGUGGGGGGGAUCUUGAAGAAAAGUACAAGAGCUUCCUGUUGAGCAAAUUUCCAGCCUUGCCAGAGGAAUUCUCGUUCUAAGAUAUUAACACUUUGCAGUUGCGUUAUGAAUUUAAACAUUUUCCCUUGAAACGUUUGCAGUUGGAAGACACAACAGAGAGGUUGAACAACAAACAAACUGAAGAAACUCAUGGUGGACUUUGACAGUCGUCUUCAAGUCCACAAUUAAUUGGAAUCCGAUUAUGCCUCACUCUUUUUCUUUUCAAAAUCUUGUAUGCUUAGGUUUAUUUUACCUCAGGCUUUGGCCCCAAUACCAAAAGAACGGUUAAUUUAAUUGUUUUAAUUUAUUUA